CAUUGCUCUCUGUUGUGUUGUACCCUCUACAUGCUGUGUCUUUUGUCUCCUGGGCUUGUGUAGCGCCUCUGUUCCAGUUCAGGCCGUAGUACCUAUGUUCUGUGUUUGGUUUGGGCGGCACUCUGGCUCAAGAACACGACAAACUUUUAGAUAUCUCAGGAACAUCACGGGUUUUUCACCACAGUGCAAUUCAGCAGAAGACCUGAGUUUGAGGCAGAAUCUCUGAAUUAAUGUGAAACAAAAGGAGGAACUAUUAGUUUUCGAAAGAACACCCUACAGCUCUUUCACAACAGUAAAAUUCAGCUGAAGACUUGAAAGUUGAUGUUUGUGAAGAUUGAAAAUGGCGAACUUCACAUCCACUUAUGACAAUGUGAGUGAUGGUGCUGCAUACCUUUGUGAUACUAAUGUUCCCACCAUCACUGGUCCCCUUUUCAUCCUGGUCUUCAUCCUCAGUAUCACAUGCAACAGUCUCCUCUUAUGUGUUGUCUUCAUCUACGAGAAUCUGAAAAGUAUCACAAAUAUUUUCAUCCUGAACCUGGUCUGCUCUGAUUUGAUCUUCACCAUUACACUUCCAUUCUGGGCUGUUGAUCAUCUUCACCACUGGGUCUUUAAAGGCUUUGUCUGCAAAUUCGUGACUGCUGCAUUCUUUGUUGGUCUGUACAGCAGUGUCAUUCUGCUGACUGCCAUGACAGUGGAUCGUUUCAUUACUGUGCAACUGCACAACUGGCCGAUCAGCUAUGCCAGAAUGAAGAGGUGUGCAAUCGGUGCCUGUAUAGCUGCCUGGGUCAUCAGCAUCUCAGCGUCCCUGAGUGACGCAAUGAAAGUAAAGGUUGAAAACUGGUAUGGUAAAAACUAUUGCUAUUAUGAAUCUGAAGAAAAGCUUGGACGUUAUCUCCAAGUGUCACUGCUAUUCUUCCUCCCAUUUGCCAUCAUUAUUUUCUGCUAUUCUGCCAUCCUCAAGACAGUUUUACAAGGUUUAAACAGAAAGAAGUUCAGGACUGUGGCUGUGCUGUUGUGUAUUGUUGCAGUCUUUUUCAUUUGCUGGGGGCCAUACCAUAUUGUGCUUUUAAUCAAGUCUCUCAAUACAAACAAAGAUUGUAAUGUACUGAAACGGUUAGAAGUUGCCUACCAUAUUUGUGAAAUGCUUGCCUAUUCUCACUGCUGUAUGAACCCUCUGCUGUAUAUGCUCUCACAGAAGUUUCAAAAGCAUCUGUUGAAUCUUUUGCGCUGUGAAAAAGUGAACAGGAAGAAGAGAGAGAGAAGCACCAGCCUGAACACUUCACAACAUUUCACAUUGCAGAGCUCUGCUGUUUAGAUGGAACUGCACAACUAUCCAUUAAAAAGUCACUUGUGAUAUUAAACCUUGAUUCAGGCUGAUACAGUCAAAGUACUUUGAUGUGUAAGUGUAUUAACACAUUCAUUGAGGCAAACAGAGAGCAGCAUUUAGAGUGACAUGGACUGUAAAAGUAACAAUAUCUGGUGUAUUUUUCCUUUUAUCUUCAGGCUGCAAAUAUGUUCAUACAAUAUCGUUUCUACUCAUUUAAUUUCAUAUCUUUUGCAUAAUUGCUUGAAAUAAAACAGAAUGUUAAAUAAAACUUGAAAAUAUGCAAUGAA